CAAAGGUGACGACCAUCUCGGCAGCGGAUCGCGGCCACUAUUGGUGAUAAGCACAGUGUUCGUUAAGCAUUUUGCUAUAAAGGCCGUCCGUACUAUUUGAGGGCUGCAGCUCACGAAGCCCAAACCAUUCUGAAACGUUGAGCAGCCCGACCACCCGGAAACUCGAGUCUCCGGUCGUGGGAGAAAUUCAACCUAACUUCUAUCGGCAGAAUCAAGUAGGUGUCCGGGGGGGGAACAUUAGCUUCAAAGGAAGCUCUCAGAAGGGGUGGUGCGAAAACGCGCCGAACGCGUAUGCCAACACCCCAGGGUAGCGCCAUUCAAUUCUGCGGUCGGCCGUUACGCUCGAUCAAUGACGGACGAGCUAGAGUCUACUGGUAGUACUGAAGACACGUACGCUGGGAAAGAGGAUGCUUCAUCAGAACUGAACCUGACGCCGGCGCCAGAAGCAACUCUGAGUGCAUACCUCCUCCUUCGGGCACAAGAGCUUUGGACACGGUACAGCGAAAAUUCCGAUUUUAUCCCAUACGCAAACGUACUACCUCUUGUGGAAGAUCUGGAGAAUGAGCACCGUAUUCAGAUUUUCACAGUGAAAGAACGGUCUGGUCUCCGACAACUAUGCGAGGAAUUGGCGUCCUGCGAUCCGACCAGAGGUUUCGACGCGGAGGAAUUCUUGGGACUGUUUCAGCGUGCGCGUCCUACAGCCAUGGCGACACCAUCACCCCCACCACGAGUGCUUCGUACUCCGACACCACCACCAACACGACAGAUACUACCAACAUUACCAUCAACCGUGCGCAUGCCUGGACGGUUCCCCUCUGCUCAGAGAGCAGCGAAAGCGGCACGUCGACGGUCAGUACACAGUCCAACGUCCAGCCCAACGGCUCGGCGAGCCGGAGGCACACAAUCCCCGAAUUAUCUUGACCAAUUUGAGAUACAUACCCCUGGGUCAGCGUCCCCUCGGUCUCGUUCGAACACCAAUAGCCCAGAUUUUGAAGUGAUUGAAGCCGGCGGUAUGAGUACCUAUGGUGCUAACGAGCCAUACUCCGUGUAUGCGGGCGCCGUAAGAACCCCCGAGAUGUUCUGGAGCCCUAGGGCAACUUUUUCCGACACUAGCAGCUCUUUGUCUUCAUCACCUCGCAAGAAUCUGUUUAGUGAUUCUGAAGCUGAUGUAGAUGGGAGCCCAUUUCAUUCUGCUCCCAGAAGCCCUUUCAGUGAGGAAGACGACGACGACACGAUAACUUCUCAAAUCGGGACAAUAUCUUCAUUAAAGCGCCGAUGUUCUGAAAUCACACGACGUUUUCACGAGUCGGAAAGGUCUCAUCGGCGUGCCGAUGAUCAGAUUCAUGAGCUUCAGCGCAAAGUGGAUGAGUUGGAGGCCGAACUUACAGCCAAGAGGAAAGAGUGCGGGGAUGUGCGGAGCAGAGAGGAGUUAUUGCUGCUGCAAAUGGAAGCUCUUGAAACUUCGAUAGUUUCUUUAAAGAAGCAGCUGACAGCAUCAAAAAGCAACAGCAUGCACCUGCGUCAUCAACUGGAGCAGCAAACAGCUGCCAACAAAAAACUUGCCGAUAUGUUGCAAUGGAAGGAAUCUGAACUCGCCACAUCAGAGACGAACCUCCAGCAUUUCGAACGCGACCUACAAAGGACAUUGGACGACAAGGGGCGUUUAGAGGAUGAUAUACAAAGACUCGAACGCGAUGUGGAAAAGGCUGAUGAUCUGAUGAAUGAGCUACGAAAGGAAAAUCUGGAGUUAAAGGAAACCAUUGAAACUCUCAAAGCCAACUUAGAGGAGCUAGGCAAUAGUUCACGCCCACCGAGAACCAUGGAAAUGCUUCGUGAAGCGCCAUCUACUUCAAAGCCAUUGAACCAGGAAAUGGAGUGCUCGGAUUCAACUUAUGGUUCAGAGUCUGGUCAGGAGGAUGGGAAUACACACCCCUCCCACGAAUCCCGCAAGGGCCAUCGACGAAGAGAAUACAAGCAUCAGGCUAGAUUUAUGGUGAUGCCCGAUCCGGAUAUGGACUCGUUAACUUUUUCGCCGUCCAAGGGAAAACUAAUUAACAUGCCGCAUAUGGUAGUUACCCUUGCCUCGCCAAAUUCCGGGGUUCCAGUCAGUUCUCCCUCCAAAAUGCCCAAGUCGCCAUCAAAACGUCCUAGAUCCCCUUUCAAACCCACAGUUGAAGAACUGGAGGAAAUGCUACAAGAAAGACCUUUUCUACCGUUGAUCCCCGUUAUUACGGAGUGGCAAGAUAUGACUACCCAGACUGAACCUUCCCACGCGCCGGACGCAUCAAUUCAAACAUCUCCCACAGCGCCAUUACUGGAUCAUGUCCUUUCGAUUGAUAUACCUCAGCUGAAAUCGACGCAGUCAAUUGCUGUGCAAUCUGACACGCUUUCAACUCAGACCAGUGCGAAGGCUACCCAAACAAUUGGCAUGGCACUCACGUCAAUGUAUGGAACACGUCGUAGUUCCAUUGGACUACAAUCGCAAUCUGCUCUUCUGCUAGCGUUGCAAUCAAAGGCGACGCAAACCGAGGGAGCAGUCUCAUUGAAACCGGAAUGUUCGAUUGGCACACAGAAGGGCAUUGGGUGUGUUGGAUAUUCUGACGAGGGAAUACAGACUGACGAGAUUUCAAAGUCGGAUCAAUCGGUGCAGUUCGGGGCAGGGAUGGGUCAACGACUUGUGCAGGGUGUGCAAACAGAUGAAGUGGUUCGGCAUGAGGCGUGCGUUGGUAUACAGGCGGGUCCAGGUAUCAUCGACUCAUGUGACAAAGGAGUGCAAACAGGAGGAAAGAUAGCAAUCCGGCCCGACUGUAUGGUUUCCGUACAGGCGGGUUCGGGCUUGAUAUCUGGACUUCAACAGGAAGUGCAAACCAUGGAGCAAUUUCCGGUACGCCCGGACUGUAGCGUUGGACUGCAAACAACAGCAGACAUCAGUUCAGCAUCUACCCAGACUGAUAGGUCGCACGAUGAGGUUCCGAAAUGCGAAGUGGGCACGCAAUGUCUAGUAGCAACGACUGAAACGCAAAGCAAAGUCGUGCAAGCGGAGGCAGUGAAGACAUCAAUUGGCGUUCAAUCGGAGCAGGUCGUCCCAGUUGUUCAUAACAAGUGGUUGCAGACUGAGGACCCAGAAGUGUGUAGCCAAAAUAUUGGCAUACAAACUGGGGUUGGCUUGGUUGAAACCUACGGGAAGGGAGUUCAAACGGAUGAGGACGCUCGACUUAAAGCGUUGGAAAAAGCGAUCAGAAAGCAGGUGGAGAGGGAAUUUGCAGCCCGGGAGGCGAUGAGAGAGCGCGAGGAAUUGGAUGACGAGCGUUUAAGGGGCCUCACAGAGAUUUUGACAUCCGUUGAAACAGAGAACCGCCGACUUCGGGAAAAUAUUGUAAACCUGCAAGACGAGGUCCUGGAAACACGGCGCAUCCUCAACUUCCGUAAACAUUACGAUGCGGAGGCAGAUCGGUGGAUUCAGGCCCUGAAGCGGGAUGUGACGCAAACGGAGAAUACUGUACAGGAUGCACAGAGAGAACUCCAAAAACAAACUGGUCGUAACGUCCAGCUAACCGAACGUGUCAGCGAGCUGAAAAAACAAAUCAUUGAAUACCGAGCGACUAUCGCAGAACUGACCCUUCAAGUAUCGAAGCACAAUACAUCCCAGCCCACCACAGUACGACCCCGGCGCAAAACCGUCAGUAUUCAAACCUUGGUUUCUUUCACACCCGCUGACACAUGGUCCGAUGACGAAUUGUCAAUUGGUCAUCGCCCGAAGCAAGUGCCAUCAACACCGAAACCGCGAGUGCCAGCUACCACCACAUGGUUCCAAACUCUGGUAAUGAUGACUAUUGCGUGCCUUAUCACCAUGUACUACACAGCAUGGUGGGUCGACCCCGAGAUGGAACAGCACCCUUACGGAAUUUUCGAUUGGACCCUAAUUCGGUUGCAUGAGAUGCUGUUCGGUGAGAUUAAGUGGAUUGUGCCCACUUGAGGUUGGGUGCGUAUACUGGGAGGUUGGAUGGUCUGGAUGGUCGGCGUGGUCGCGCCUCCGGAUUUUUAUGUUAAUAAUAAAGAACCAUGCCUGUAGAUAUGUAACGGAAAAUAUGGGAUCGGAACCUGUACGCAGUGGGAAAAUUACUGAUUUUAAUCUGUCCGAAAUAUAUUAACAUUAUAGCAAGAUAAAA